CAGAUCGUUAUUUAGUCGAGGUUGUAUGAAACUAUCUUGCAUACAAGUUUAACCGGUACUAACCGGGUGUGAAACUCGCCUCAAAAUACUCGACGUAGCUUGUAAUGUAAACGCCAGCCUCGAGUAAAUCAAAAAUAAAGUUCGCGUAAGUACGUGGACGCAUUACUACCGUAUGUUACGCUCAGAAGUAACACUGCCAUCAAUGUUUACGUGCCUAAAAUGAUAACCGAUGGAGUAAGCUUUGUGCAUUCAAAUACCCUUUUGGAACAAGCUUCGAAGUACAAGCUCAGGUGCUUCAUAACAGACUUCCGCGUAAUUGAAUCCGCCAACUUCAUAUCCAUUCCGGUGGCAGACUAUUAUCCGAGUUCCCCUCCCUAACGACGUUUUAUUCGAGACCUGACACUGUAAAGUGAUUUAGCCUCAAGUUGGAACUGGUUCGAUUCAGUGACAAGAAUCCAUUUAUAACAGCUUACUCUAAUUGAACGGGUGUUUGACAAAUCUGUUUCGAAAGUUGAGACUAGUUUUCUGGAAUAUGAUCUUGAAACUAUAGCUGCCGUUACUAUGAACUGUAGUUAAUAUGAAUGUGUAGAAAUCUUUAGUCUUGCCUACCACAUUAGAAGUUACAUUGAGACAUGUUCAAUUCUACUAUUCUUAUAUAUUUUAAUGUUCACUUUGCCCUCUCUGUCAUUGUGACUAGAUGCACGACCCACGGACGAGCUUCGCAAAGCAUCGUGGCUACGUUCUACUGUUUGCUACUUUGGCGGUGGCAUUCUCUACUUACAUUGAACAGGUGGAGAGUUUGCCAGCGGACACAAUAAGUCAAUGGCCUACAUUUGCAAGACGAAAUAUUGCGGCGUUAGCUAGAGAUGGUUAUUUGAGGAAUUCUGCUUCCAAACAAGGCUAUAAAAGAGGCAUAUCUACGCUUGCCAAAAACGGCUUACUGCCUACAUACAGGUCACCUUACGUCGAAACUGAUAAACAGGAUCAAAAUCAAGAUGAAUCACAAGAAAAGAGAAAUAUGGCAUCUAUAGCAAGGCUUCGUAGCUAUGCUGCUAUGAAAAGGAAUAUCCAAGCUCUCGCCAGAGACGGUUAUCGUGUCGGCAGAGGACAAUACAAUCCGUCUAACGACAAACGUAAUAUUGCUGCUUUGGCGCGUAAUGGGCUACUUCACAAGAAAGAUGAAGCCAACGAAGAAGAAUACUAUUUCCCUUUCUAUCAAAACCCCAUCGCACCACUCACUGAAAUUGAUCAUCCUUUAGAUGUCAAUGAAAUGUAUGACUUCCAACAAUCAAUCAAUCCCGAUAUGUUUCCUUCUAUGUCUCAAGUAUACAAGCGCAGUCCUUUUGAACCAUACUAUGACUAUUAUAACCAAAAGGAUAACGACAAUUCGUAUUUCAAGAGAAGUUUCGCAGGCAGUCCCGUUCAUGGACUUUACAGACCCAAUUACAAUGAGCCAAAUCCCAGGACAAAAAGAUAUGUGCUGCCGUAUCCUGAUCUCAUGGAAGGAGACGAAGCGGUAGAGCAAAAUGAUAUUGAAGGAGAAAAGCGUUCUGUAGAUGAUGAUGAUGAUGACGUCCGUGAAAAUUUUGAAAAGCGUCAUAUCGGCUCUCUAGCUCGAUUAGGUUUAUUGCCUUCAUUUAGGUACUCAGGAGGACGUUACAGUAGAUCUGGACGAGCCAGAUUGUUGUUACCUAGCCAGGAGUUGUACAGGAAGCAUUCCUCUGACGAGAAUUUCGGAAUUAGGGAAUAUCUCUCUAGUCCCGAAGCUGACACACCAGUCGAUACAGACGACUCCGACGUACCGGCGGCGUCAGUACCUGCUCACUCGCACCCGACCGGUCGGAUCCUCCACCGACCGCUAAACAACGACCUCCCACACUCCAGCCCACUGCCGCUUCCACCGAUUGCACCAACCAAUUACGGAGAUCGAUUCGCCAAGAACCGCUGGCAAUCUUACACCAAAGAAACACCCAAGUUCUACUAUUUUAGAUCAUUAAAAGUUCCAUAUCACACGUCUGGGAAGCGUUACUUGUUGCUUCCAGCUGUUGACAAUAUCUUGCUCCGAAAAGGCUACCGCAACAGCAGUCUACCAAGUCGACGUAAGAAUCAGUAGCUAUGCCAGUGUCCGCUAGGUGGAGCCACGCUAUACAGCUCAGGCUACCCUAGCGUAUGAACUUUGAGGUGCAUCGAAUGUGCCGGUUUCCUUCUACAUGUUUUCAUUCAAUUUCAAUACUAUAUUGAUGACGUUUUGGAAAUAAAAAAAAUAUUUAAUUGUUUGAUAUGACAUUUCUUAACUGUGGGCUCCAAUAUCAAUUGGUUAUUGGGAUCGGGUGAAACAUGAAUUUGGUUCAUUUUCAUGUCAAGACGUAGGGAACUCGGAUUUACAAUAUAAAUUAGACAAUAAUUUUGAACACUAUAAAACAUUUGUUCGUAUCUCGUAUAUGUUAAAUGUUGUGAUUAUUAGUUUAAUGAAAUAGGUAAUAAGUUAUUUUUAAGGGAUCUCAUUUAUACAAAACGACUUUGGCCAGCUUAAUACAGAACGUAACUUGAUCGUAGAUUAAUUUAAGAUGUCAAUCGCAAAUAUAUUAAAGUUGUAGAAUAAUGAAUUGUGUUAACAUUUAAUAUCAAUAUACUGAAAAUAAACAUAAUCUUGUAAGUAAGAAAAAUAAAUGUGGAAGAGGAAGUAGGUAAGUAUCAAAUAUAUAUUUUGGAUGAUGAUGAAUAAUUAUUAUGAUGGCAUACGUCGGGAAUAAAAUUAAGUGGAUUUAAGAAAAUAUAUCACCUUUGGUAAUAUUUACUUUAAAUAAUAUCAAAGUAUCUCUCUAUUGAUUACAAAAUACUAGCUGUGUUUGACAAAUAAAAUAAAAAUAUUUUCAAGAAUUGUUAGAAAGUUAUUUAUUAUCAAGCUUAAGCUUUAAAACGAAGGAUCAAUGUUUCGAAUAUUUAAGUGUAAACUGAUAACAUAUUUACUGAAAUAUGUCAGAAGUAAAAAAAAAAAAUAUCGACAAUAAACGAAUAUCGUGCGACCAUAAUAUGAUAAUAAUUUUUAAAAUAUAUCUGUAGCUAGUAGAAUUUAUUCUUCACUUUUUAUGAUAUAUCUGAUAUCAAUCAAAAUAUUUUUAAAACAAAUAUUGUAACUGAUGAUACUCAUUGAAUUUAGUAUUGUGUUACUGUAAAUAAACAAAACCGUGCCAUAUUCUUGUUUUAUUUAAACACUUUUAGGCCUAGAACCUUGAUUUAGGAUUUGAUUAUGAUUUUGGGUCCAAUAACGAAGGAAAUAUAAAACACACACAAAUGAUUCAAAUUCAAUGUUUAUUGGUUAUAAGCACGCAAAUAAUAUCAUAGAUAUAUAAAAGGCAAUUCCGUUUCCAUGUUGGUUCGCAUAUAUUGUGGUUUCC